AAAGUGCAUCGAAAAGUGCAUCUGAGGAGGUCAACGAACCGUAUCGAACGAGUGUGCGGCCGUCGGUUAGCUGAUUGUGUUGUGUGCCGGUGGAGAACGAGUGAUUUUGUGCAUCGGGGUUGUGGAGUUGCUGCUGCUGCCGCAUUGCAUCGAGUGCAUCGGAGGAAACCUGUUUAUUUACAACGAGUGGCUGCUGCUGAGAGGAUUUUUUAAGAAAAGUGCAUCGGUGGAGAAAAUUUCAAACGGAUUUUGUUGCUGUGUGCUGCUUUGGUGCCGAUUUUGGAUUUUUUGGUGUGCAACCGCAUUUGGUGUGCAUUUUUUGGAUCGUCUGGUGCUUUGUUGAAACAGGAUGACUUUGACAUCGAUUGCUGAUCCUUUCGUCCCUUACUCUAUGCCAUUCAGCCAGUACCAAGAACAGCUGGAAUGGAUUUUCAAGCACAACGAAUUUCCGGAAGAGCGUUAUAAAACGUCAUUCCUGGCAGUCUGUGGAAAGGAAAUUUUCACAGAACUGAAAAGACUGUUUCCAGGAAAGAAUUUUAAUGAUCUAACGUACAAACAAAUGACUGAUGAACUGAAAAAGCGUUACGAUAAGAACGAUUCAGCUGUUGUGCAUAGUUAUAAAUUUUGGACUAAAAGGCAAGGUAGGAAUGAGUCGCUGGAGGAUUUUGUGAUUACAGUCAAGAAUUUGGCUGAAAGAUGCGAUUUUGGAGAGUUUAAGGAUAGGGCGAUUCGUGACAUGCUUGUCAUUGGAGUGAACGACACUCAGUUACAGAAACGGUUGUGCGAUGAAGAGGAUUUGUCUGCAGCUAAAGCAGAGCGGUUGAUUCUUAAUUCAGAGAUAUCAGCCAGUAGGACGAAACAAUUAAACCACGACGAUGACAGGCGCGUUAGCGUAGUGGCCAGAUUGGGUUACCGAUCUGACGUUUCGCGGUCCAGAAACCGAUUCCGGGGCCGCAGCCGCAGUUUUGAUAGAAACCGAUCUUUUUCGUCUAGGAGUAGAAGCAACGGUAGACAAGACAGUAGAUACCAAAGCAAAAGAGGCGCAAGAUCAGGUAAACCUGUUUACCUUUGUUCCUUUUGUAGAAAAACCGGACAUACGAGGAAAUUUUGUUAUCGUUUGCAUGGAAAAAGCCCGAGUAAGAGUAAAGCCAGUGUAAAAUUCAUAGAUUCUCCAAAACCAUCUUCCAGUUCCAAAAACUCAGGACUAUUUAAGCGACUGAAGAAAGAUUUAGACAAUGAUUCAGACUAUUCUGAUGGCAUGCCUUGCCUCAUGAUCUCGUCAGUCAACAAAAUCAGUGAUCCCUGCUAUGUGGAGGUUUUAAUCAACAGAAAGCGUUUAACCAUGGAGAUCGAUUGUGGGUCAGCGGAGAGCGUAAUUUCAGAGGAGCUGUAUUUGAGAAAUUUUGCGAGCUGUGAACUGCAGCGUUGCAACAAGAAACUUGUUGUAAUUGACGGUAACAAACUGAAGGUUGUUGGAAAAAUUUGCGUUGAUGUACAGCUCGCUGGAAACCGGAAACAACUGACCAUGGUUGUUUUACGCUGCAAUAACGAUUUCAUCCCGCUGGUAGGCCGAAAAUGGUUGGACGAAUUCUAUUCCGGAUGGCGAAACACUUUUACCAACCCUCCUUUGACAGUCGGGAACAUUGACGUGGCUGACGAGCAAACAGUUAUUGAUGAAGUAAAGAAUUUCUCUUGGGGGAAGGAUAGUGUUGGCGCAUAAGCGUCAGCUUAAACUAUCUUUUAACUCUCGUCGUAAGGGAACCCUAAUUUUCCCACAUGAGAGUGAGGCAAUCCUUAUGCCUGAUCCAGCACCCAUUUUGUCACCAGAAAGAAAUCCAGAAGCAGCACCAGUUUCGUCAUCUAUAGAAGCACCAUUUUUGUCGACGUCAUCGAAUGUUUUGUCACCGACUUUAAGAAGAAAUAGUAGUGAAUUACAAAGAAGAAGUAAGAGGAGACGGGAAGAAGAAGAUCCCGAAUCCGACGAGCAAUCUACUCAAGAUUUCGAAUUUUAUGGCUACCCAGCCGAUUCUUUCAUUUUCUCAAGCUUAGAAACUCAAGAAGAUUUACAGCAUGAAGAAGAACAAGAUCCACUCCCAGUGGUUCCGAUUAGGCGUUCUAAAAGAAGAAAUAAGAAAAGAAGGAAAAGUGAUUUUGUCUACUAUUCGUAGAAUCGAACUAAUUAGUGAAUUUUCAAAUUGUAUAAAUGUAUAGUUCUGUUGUAUAUAGUUAAGCAUAAAUAUUGUGCAUUCGAGUAUUGAAGUUUUAGAUAAAUGAAUUGUGUUGUAAAUAUUUUGAAAUUUAAUGAAUUAGUUUUUUACUAAAGGAUGGAGGAGUUGUGGUAACCCUAUGCGAACGCUUGAGAACUCGCUCAGAGAAGCGAGAUAGUAGAAAGAGAGAAAGGGGAAUUUAGGAGAUAUUCAGAAUUGUACCGAGUAGGAGAAAUAUACUACGAUCAGAAGUUUUGUGACAACCAACCGAACAAGACGUAUUUUAUUCAAAGUCUGUAAGAACAGAAGUCUUUGUCCUCCCACUUUACUAGAUUGUUCAGUCGCAACCCUUUGUUCCCUUCGAUCCGGGACGGGCCGGACAUUUCAGACUAACCCUUCCCGUCUUUCCGGAACGCCUAGCUGGGUUCAACUUACCAACUUUACUGCCGCGCCGGCUUUCGGGGGUAAACAACCGCCGGUCGUCGAGUGCUCAAAGAACACUAAGUUGAAGCGAGGCAGGCCAAGUCCCAGUGGGGACGUCGAGCCAUAAAGAAGAAAAAGAACCGCCGGUCGUCAAGCACCCAGGGAUCGUAUCCCUGGCGAUUA